AUGUCAGCGAACGCCGCCUGGGUAACGUUGCUCACCAAGGAGGCCUAUGUCCCCGGAGCACUAGUCGUCGCGCAGGGUUUCAAGGACGUCGGCUCCGUAUAUCCUUUUGUCUGUAUGGUCACAGAUACACUGUCCGAGGACGCUCGAGACGUCCUACGCCGACAUGGAGUCGUGAUCCGAAAUAUUGACCCCCUGCUACCGCUUGGAGAUACACACGUACUCAACGCGCACGAUUCGCGCUUCGCGGAUACUUGGACAAAGCUCAGGGCCUUCGGUUUGGUCGAGUUUGAGCGCGUCGCCCUCAUGGAUUGCGACAUGAUCGUCAUGCACAACAUGGACGAGCUCAUGUCCCUCGAGCUCCCGCCCGACGGCAUCGCCGCUGCGCCCGUCUGCGCGUGCAACCCGCGCAAGCUGCCACACUACCCAAAGGACUGGAUCCCCGAGAAUUGCGCGUACACCCCGCUCACACACCCCGGCGCGCUCACGACUCCGACGCCGAUAACGGCCGACAGCCCACGCCCGCACACAUUGCUCAAUUCGGGGCUCGUUGUACUCCGGCCGAGCGCGGAGCUCGAAGCGGAGAUCGUCAACUUUGUGCAUACGUCCCCUCUCGUGCCGACCUUCUCGUUCCCUGAUCAGGAUCUGCUUUCCGCCUUCUUCGCGGGACGCUGGCGCCCGCUGCCGUGGAUCUACAAUGCGCUCAAGACGCUGCGGGUCAUCCAUACGCCGCUGUGGAGGGACGAGGAGAUUCGAUGCUUGCAUUAUAUCUUGCACGAUAAGCCGUGGCAUGCGCGCGUUGGGGCGUCGGGUGCGAUACCGGAGUACGAGGAGAUGAACAAGUGGUGGUGGGAUCGCUUCGAGCGGCUGGUCGAGGAGUUGGAUCAGACGGACGCUCAGGCGAAGCAGAUGGUGCUCAAGAACGUGGCGCCGCCGCUCUGA